GUGGAAUAAGAGGGUGGGGUUUUCUGGGCGUUUGCCUUCAAGUUCCCUGAAAAUUGAGUUUGCUUGUCAGGCUAUGGAAGCAGAAGAGAAACCAGGAAGCACUUGUGCAGGGAAGUCUGCAGAAAUUAACCCAGAGCCUAAGGACCAGAUCUCAAAAAUGAUUAAAAUUUUAAGUGGGGAAAUGGCCAUCGAGUUACAUCUGCAAUUUUUAAUACGAAACAACAAUACAGACCUCAUGAUCCUCAAAAACACAAAGGAUGCGGUGCGGAAUUCCGUGUGUCAUACAGCAACAGUUAUAGCAAACUCCUUUAUGCAUUGUGGUACAACCAGUGACCAGUUCCUUAGAGACAAUUUGGAGUGGCUGGCCAGGGCCACUAACUGGGCUAAGUUUACUGCUACCGCCAGCUUGGGUGUUAUACACAAGGGUCACGAGAAAGAAGCAUUACAGCUAAUGGCAACGUACCUACCCAAGGACACUUCUCCAGGGUCAGCCUACCAGGAGGGCGGAGGCCUCUAUGCCUUGGGUCUCAUUCAUGCUAACCAUGGUGGUGACAUCAUUGACUAUUUGCUGAACCAGCUGAAGAAUGCCAGUAAUGAUAUUGUCCGACAUGGUGGCAGCCUGGGUUUGGGUCUGGCUGCCAUGGGGACAGCACGUCAAGAUGUGUACGAUUUGCUGAAAACAAAUCUGUACCAGGAUGACGCAGUGACAGGUGAGGCAGCUGGCCUGGCACUGGGAUUGGUUAUGUUGGGAUCUAAAAAUGCUCAGGCUAUUGAGGACAUGGUUGGCUAUGCACAGGAAACCCAGCAUGAAAAGAUUUUGAGAGGCCUUGCGGUUGGAAUUGCUCUGGUCAUGUAUGGGAGGAUGGAGGAGGCAGAUGCUCUCAUUGAGAGUCUCUGCAGAGAUAAGGAUCCAAUUCUCCGUCGUUCUGGCAUGUACACUGUUGCUAUGGCAUACUGUGGCUCAGGGAACAACAAGGCUAUCAGACGCCUACUGCAUGUGGCUGUGAGUGAUGUGAAUGAUGAUGUGAGGCGGGCAGCUGUUGAGUCACUUGGUUUCAUUCUGUUCAGGACUCCUGAGCAGUGUCCGAGUGUGGUUUCUUUGCUGUCAGAGAGCUACAAUCCCCAUGUGCGUUAUGGGGCUGCCAUGGCUUUGGGUAUCUGCUGUGCGGGCACUGGAAACAAGGAAGCAAUUAAUUUGCUUGAGCCAAUGACAAAUGAUCCUGUGAACUAUGUACGUCAGGGAGCUCUGAUUGCAUCUGCCCUUAUCAUGAUCCAGCAGACUGAGAUUACCUGCCCAAAGGUCAGCCAGUUCAGACAGCUGUAUUCCAAAGUGAUCAAUGAUAAGCAUGAUGAUGUUAUGGCAAAGUUUGGAGCAAUCCUGGCACAAGGCAUUUUGGAUGCAGGGGGCCAUAACGUAACUAUUUCACUGCAGUCGAGGACAGGACAUACUCACAUGCCUUCUGUGGUGGGGGUUCUGGUCUUCACCCAGUUUUGGUUCUGGUUUCCCCUGUCACACUUCUUGUCGCUGGCUUUCACCCCAACCUGUGUCAUUGGCCUUAACAAGGAUCUUAAGAUGCCAAAAGUCCAGUACAAGUCCAACUGUAAGCCGUCCACGUUUGCCUACCCCCCACCUCUUGAGGUACCAAAGGAAAAGGAGAAAGAAAAGGUUUCUACUGCUGUGCUGUCCAUCACCGCAAAAGCCAAGAAGAAGGAAAAGGAGAAGGAGAAAGAGAAGAAGGAAGAGGAGAAGAUGGAAGUGGAUGAGACUGAAAAGAAGGAUGAAAAAGAAAAGAAAAAAGAGCCUGAACCCAACUUCCAGCUUCUGGACAACCCAGCCAGAGUCAUGCCUGCUCAGCUCAAAGUUCUUACCAUGACAGAGAGCUGCCGGUACCAGCCGUUCAAACCACUUUCCAUCGGAGGCAUCAUCAUUCUGAAGGACACCAGUGAGGAUAUGGAGGAGCUGGUUGAACCUGUGGCAGCUCACGGUCCAAAGAUCGAGGAAGAGGAGCAGGAACCUGAACCACCAGAGCCCUUUGAGUACAUUGAUGAUUAAGACCUGAGGAUCAUGUCCUCUAAAGAAGACACUAUGCUUGAUAUCAGAAAGACAGACAUGAAGACCUUCCUAUCGAGAUGUGCUGUUCAGUGCAUGCAGCCCCAAUCUGUGCUGAGCUAAAGCUGAUAGUCCAUGUUUUAUGGCUGAAGAACAGAUAUAUGCUAUUUAGUGUACUCUUUCACAAAACCUUGUUUUCAAAUAAAUAUAUUAAAAAUUCUUGA